AUGCGUGCCUCCACCAGCUUUGCCCUCGCCCUUGCCAGCGCUGUCCUCCGCGGCGCGCACGCGUCGCCCACGCCCGUCGAAACCUGGGUGAACACGGUAACCCAGGUCUCGGCGAGCGACCUCUCUGCCUGGGCACCAUACACCCAGUUCGCGCGGGCGGCAUACUGCGACCCCAGCAAGAUCCAGGGAUGGAACUGUGGAGAGGCUUGUGAUGCUGUGCCUGGUUUCACGGCGACGCUUACGGGUGGCGAUGGUGACAGCGUCCAAUAUUAUUUCGUCGGGUAUUGGCCCUCCCAAAAUUCCGUUGUCGUCGCGCACCAGGGCACUGACCCGACCCAAUUCGAGUCGGAUCUGACCGACGCCGACAUCGCACAAGAGAACCUAGACGCAACCCUCUUCCCGGGCGUACCGGACGAUGUCUGGGUGCACAAGGGCUUCGCGGACGAGCACGCCAAGACCGCGGCGCCGAUCCUGAAGGAGGUCAAUAGUCUCAUCUCGCAGUACGGCGCGACCCAGGUCGUCCUCGUCGGUCACUCGCUCGGCGGCGCGCUCUCUGAGCUCGAGUCGCUCUACAUGCGGCUCAACCUCCCGGCGAGCAUCCACGUCAAGGGCCAGACGUACGGCACGCCGCGCGUCGGCGAUCCCAAUUACGCGGCGUACUUUGAUAGCCAGGUCUCAGACUUUGUCCGCAUCAACAACGAGUUGGACCCCAUCCCGAUCUUGCCUGGUCGCUUCUUGGGGUUCUCGCACGUCCAGGGCGAGAUCCACAUCGAGUCUACGAGCGACGCGUACAAGUGUCCCGGUGACGACGACGCGACCGACUCGCAGUGCACGAUCAGCACAGUUCCCAAUAUCUUUGAGAGCGACCUCCUCGACCACCUUGGUCCGUACCAGGGCAUCUACAUCGGCACCAUCUACUGCACGUAGAUGUCGAUGGCAAACUGGGACUUUUUUGCUUGUAUAUUUGCUAUUUUUAUUACGGGUUGGUUUCCAUGCAUGGGAUCGAAUUGGUUUGCAAAUAUUGGAUGUACAUUAACUAUACCUUGCUGCUCAUAUAACGCUUCAUACUCUGGGAUACUCCCGGAUUGCGCCGC